AUGUCGGCGGCCAUCGAGCAGCGCAAUCAGGACGCGACCGUCUACGUGGCCAACUUGGACGACCGCGUGAGCGAAGAGCUAUUGUGGGAGCUCAUGCUCCAGACCGGCAGUGUCUGCAACGUGCACAUGCCGCGCGACAAGAUCACGGGCAGCCACCAGAACUACGGCUUUGUCGAGUUUCGCACGGAAGAGUGCGCCGAGUACGCGGUUAAGGUGUUAAAUAUGGUCCAAUUGUAUGGGAAAGUGAUUCGCGUGAAAAAAGCGUCCAACGAGAAAAAGGUGCUGGACGUGGGGGCGAAUCUAUUUUUGGGUAACCUCGACGCCGAAGUGGACGAAAAGCUGCUGUAUGACACCUUUUCGGCGUUUGGGGGGAUCAUUGAGACCCCCAAAGUGAUGCGGGAUCCGGAUACGAGACUGUCGCGAGGGUUUGGCUUUGUGAGCUUCGAUUCGUUCGAAGCGGCGGACUUAGCCAUUGAGUGUAUGCACGGACAGUACCUGUGCAAUCGCCAAGUGGUGGUGCAAUAUGCCUACAAAAAGGAUAGCCAGAACGAACGUCACGGCUCGGAGGCUGAGCGUUUACUGGCGCAGAAGAACCCGAAUAAGCUCAAACCUCAUACGCUGUUUGCCUUUACGGCUGCGCAUGGGGGCGGACCAGUUGGCCCGGGGAUGCACCCACCUCCUCCGCCUCAGUUUGGUCACGGAGGAGGCUACAUGAUGGACAUGAACAUGAACAUGAACAUGAACAUGGGGGUGCCGCCACCGCCACCUCCAGUGCCGCAAAGCAUGGGAAUGGGAAUGCCAUACCCACCUCAUACGGUAGCGGGGAUGGGAGCUCCUCCGCCGCCGCCGCCACUGCCGCAGAUGAGAUGA